GUGUUGAGUCUCAGGGGGGCCGGCUUAAAGGGAAGUGGACGUUGACUCGCGGGCAGCUGAAGCUGUUGUCGGAUUAUACCUGUGACUGCGCGGUCGCCGAGCGUUCGGCUGACUGGGAGGGGUGAAUUUAGGUGUCCGAUGGUUGCAUCUGGAGGAGUGUGUAAAACUCUGGCGGAAGACAACUAUUAAGCUUCUUAUAUGGGUGAUUUUAAAGCAUUUCAGUUUUGCUUGAGUCUCACCAACGAAUCUUAACACUAUCUGUUUGGUUUUGCACUGCCAGUUCUAGGUUUGGGGAGUGUCGUUAUGGUUAUUGUUGCUCACGCGGCCUCUUAUCAUCCCUACUCUCAGAUUCCCUGGUGUAUGCAUUAGUGGACUGAGUGGGAUUAAUGGGUAAAUAUGGUGUUCUAGUAGUCUCUAAUCCUGGAUUAAAUACCAAAUUGAAAUUUCUAGCUUUUUGUAUAGUCUAUUUAGACAUUGAUUUAUUUACAGGUUGAUGACUGGAUGUUUUAAAAUCACUUGAAAUUCACAUUUUGUUUAUCAUACUGCUCCUUCGUUCCUUCUCCCCAAAGUCCCCAAAGCGGUGAAAAUUUUGUUUUGAAGUUUUACGGACCUAGAAGAAAUUCUAUUCAGAACUGUGGGACUAGUUUUGUUGCAAAAUAUGAAAGGCUCUGAGUUUAGUCUGGAAAAGAAAAAAAGGGUUAAAAUACCAGCGAGGAGACUUCGUGAGGUAGUUUCUCCAAAUCAGGGAGAUUAUUCGGUUUUGCUCAAAGAUGAGUUGCCCUGUGUUCCUCCAGUGUUGUCUGCAAAUAAACGUCUUCCUGUUAGAACCGAGGCUAGCUUGAAGGGAACGUUAUGUGGUUCAUCAGACUUGACUUCUGCUAGAAAUUAUCUGCAGCCUCCACUAGAAAAUUCUACUGUGUCGGAAAGCGAUUUUCCUAAAGACGUUGCAGUGCAGGGGUUGCCUGUGGAUAAACUGGAAGAGAGCAACAGACAAAAAGCAAAUGACAUCUUUAUUUCUCGGUACACCAUGGGACAGAAGGAUGCUCUGAGAGCAGUUUUAAAGCAAAAAACUCAAAACAUGCCUGUUUUUAAGGAAGUAAAGGUACAGCUUUUAGAAGAUGCAGGCACAGAAAAGGACGCUGUUACUCAGGAGACUAGAACGUCACCCAGUGGAAUUGAUUCAGCCACAACCGUGGCCGCAGCAACUGCGGCUGCCAUUGCAACAGCAGCUCCGCUGAUAAAAGUACAGAGUGAUUUGGAAGCAAAAGUCAAUUCUGUUACAGAAUUACUCAAUAAGUUACAGGAGACUGAUAAACAGUUACAGCGUGUUACAGAGCAACAAACAAGUAUUCAGAAUAAACACGAGAAAUUACAUUGUCAUGAUCAUGAAAAGCAAAUGAAUGUUUUUAUGGAACAGCACAUUAGGCAUCUUGAAAAAUUACAACAGCAACAAAUAGAUAUUCAGACUCAUUUCAUUAGUGCUGCGCUCAAGACCAGUAGUUUUCAGCCUGUUAGUAUGCCUCCUUCCAGAGUGAUGGAAAAGUAUUCUGUACAACCAGACUAUUCUGAUCUUGGUAGCAGUAAUCUGUCUUCACAUAACACAUUUGCUUCCAGACAAGCACCUUCUAGAGAGGUUGAAGAUACGGGUUUUGAUAAACAGAAAUCUCCAUUGGAGACACCAGCACCUCGAAGGUUUGCUCCUAUACCGGUUUCAAAGGAUGAUAAGAUCUCAAAGAGGGGAAAUCCCAUGGAAGAAAAAGAAAAUAUGGAGACAGUAGGUCAUUCAGGAAAUGUAAGACUAUUGGAACAGAUUUUGAAUAACCAUGAUUCUUCGACAAGAAAAAGUGAAUCUUCAGAUAAAACCUUACUAAAUAGGUCAAAAACAGAAUGGAAUCCUGAGAGCAGAGACAGCAUUGACACUCUCUCCUCUCAAAGAUUUCCUUCCUGUGAAGAACUAGGAGCAGCUAAAUUGACUGUGCAGAGGUCUGAUGAUUUUCUUCAUGAUCCUGGCCAAAAGAGGAAAGAAACAAAUGGCACAGUCCAGCCAGAAGAGUCUCUGAUUAUGUCAAGACUUGCUGAUCUUCCACAGAAUUCCAUUAAGCUUCAAACAACCAAUAACAGAUCUGUCUUGAAAGAUGCUGAGAAGAUUUUGAGAGGAGUACAAAACAAUAAAAAAGUCCUUGAAGAAAACCUGGAAGCUAUUAUUCGUGCAAAGGAUGGAGCUGCCAUGUAUUCAUUUAUCAAUGCUCUAUCUACUAACAGAGAGAUGUUAGAGAAGAUCCGCAUCAGAAAGACAGUAGAUGAGUGGAUUAAGACUAUUUCUGCAGAAAUUCAGGAUGAACUGUCAAGAAAAGAUUAUGAACAAAAGAGAUUUGAUCAGAAGAAUCAAAGGACCAAGAAAGUUCAGAAUAUGAGUAAAGAUGUUAAAACUAACAUACAAGACAAAACGGCAAACAAUUCUAUAAUUCAAAGAAAACAUUCUCAGAAACAAAAAGAGGAGCAUUUUAGAAAUCCACUCAUGAGGAACAUUCCUGCUUCAAACUUACAGAAAGAGAGAAAAGAAGGAUUUUUAAAAGCAACCACAGUGAUACAAGAUGAGGAUUAUAUGUUACAAAUUUAUGGAAAACCAAUUUAUCAGGGCCAUCGCAGCACUCUUAAAAAAGGACCGUAUCUCCGAUUUAAUUCUCCAUCUCCUAAGUCCAAACCCCAGAGACCAAAAGUAAUAGAACAAGUUAAAGGCACUAAAGUAAAGUCAGUAAGAACACAAACUGACUUUUAUGCAAUGAAACCUGUGAAAAUGGAUUCUAAAUCGCAACACUCCAUUCCUAUGAUGCUGCCUCCUGGUGAUCAGCAUUACUUGUUCAGCCCAAGCAGAGAAAUGCCUACUCUUUCAGGUACACUGGAAGGUCACCUAAUUCCUAUGGCUAUUCUUUUAGGACAAACCCAAAGUAAUAGUGAUUCCAUGCCACCCACUGGAGUAAUUGUAAACAAGCCACACCCUGUAACAGUGACUACUUCUAUUCCUCCAUCAUCUCGAAAAACGGAAACUGGAGUAAAGAAACCUAACAUUGCAGUUAUAGAAAUGAAGUCAGAAAAAAAGGAUCCUCCUCAGCUUACCGUACAGGUGUUACCCAAUGUGGAUAUUGAUAGCAUUUCGAAUGGUAGUGCUGAUGUCGACUCAUCUCUGACUAGUCCCAAAGAAGCAUGUCCUCCUCUGAAAACCUGGAUACAGAAUUCAGAAUUUAUGAAGGUAGAUGAAGAAGAGGUGAAGUUUCCAGGAACGAACUUUGAUGAAGUAAUUGAUAUCAUACAGGAAGAGGAAAAACCCGAUGAAAUUCCAGAAUACUCUGAACCAAUUCUGGAGUUUAACAGAAGUGUUAAAGUUGUUUCUACAAAAUAUAAUGGUCCUCCUUUUCCGCCAGUUGUUUCUACUGUUCAGCCCACUACUGAUAUUCUGGAUAAAGUAAUUCAGAGAAAAGAAACAUUGGAAAAUAGCUUAAUUCAGUGGGUAGAACAAGAAAUAAUGUCAAGAAUUAUCUCUGGGCUCUUUCCAAUCCAACAACAGCCCAUAGCUAAUGUCAGUGCUUCAGUCAGUGAGGCAAGUGAACCAUUGACUUCUGACAUAGUGGAAGGAACAAGCAAUGGUGUCCUCCAGCUUUUUGUUGAUGCUGGGGUUCCUGUGAAUUCAGACAUGAUUAGCCAUUUUGUGAAUGAAGCUCUUGCUGAGACCAUUGCUGUCAUGCUGGGUGAUAGAGAAGCAAAAAAGCAAGGGCCUGCUGCCCCAAGUGUUUCUGGAGAUGUUUCAACAAGCAACACAUACUUGCCGGCAAGAGUGUGUACCCCAGUGCCUACCCCACAACCAACUCCUCCUCGUUCACCUUCAUCACCUCCUAAGGAGAGUGUGUUGGUAAAAACUCCAGAUUCUUCUCCCUAUGAUUCAGAUCAUGAUUUAGCUAUUCCUGUGAAAGAAAUAUUUGCUGAAAAAGGAAAUGAUAUGUCUGCCAUCACACUUGUUAAUACUCCAACAGUUACUCCUGCUACUACACCUCCUCCUGCAGCAGCUCUUACCCCAACUUUGUCAGAGAUUUCCAUUGAGAAAUUGAAGAUCUCAGGCCCAGGGCGUCCUAAGCCAUGGAGUGAUGGAGACCUGCCCCUGGAAGAAGAGAAUCCUAACUCUCUUCAAGAAGAACUUCACCCAAGAGCUAUUGUAAUGUCUGUGGCCAAGGAUGAAGAACCUGAGAGUGUGGAUUUCCCUGCUCAGCCUGCACCCCCAGAACCUCCAGUUCCUUUUAUGCCACUUUCUGCUGCCACCAAUGUCCCUUCCCUCAUACAGAUGCCAGCUUCUGAUUCAUCAACAACUGAGAGCAGCUUGAGUAUUACUGUCACUGAAACUGAGACUUUAGAUAGACCCCUCUCUGAAGGAGAGAUUUUACUUAACUGUGGUCAAAAAAUGGCUCCCAAGAUUUUAGGAGAUGGACGGCUGUGUCUGACAAACCUAAACGAUAGCUUAUCCAGUACUCUGCAUGAUGCCCUUGAAAUGGAAGACGAUCCUCCCAGCGAAGGACAAGUGAUUAGGAUGCCCCAUAAAAAUACUCCUACAGAUGGAAUUCUUUCUCUUCUUGCCAAAAUGACCCAGGAGUCAUUAGUUUCGCAGCAAGCAGUCUACCCUUCAGAGGACUUGGAAUACAGUGCAGGUGAACUUAGUGAAGGACAAAGGCCCAGGCUGACAGCAGCAGCAGAGAACAUCCUACUGGGACAUUCCGUCCCUGUGCAGCCACCUGCCACUAAUGCAGAGUCAUUGGAUCAAAAAUGUGCUCCUAACCCAUUAUCUCAGCAGUUUGACACAGUUACAGGUGGUGUUUAUGAAGAUUCAUGUGCUAGUCAUGGUCCAAUGAGUUUGGGAGAAUUGGAGUUGCAGCCAAAUUCUAACCUUGCUCUUCCCACAACACUUCUGACAGUGCAAGAAAAUGAUGUUCAGUUAUCAGGAGCAGUUGAAGAUAAUCAUCAGUACCAACAAAAGCAUGACCAAGAUGUGAAACAAGUUGAACACAAGCCUGCACAAAGUCGUUUAAUACGUGUAAGAAGUAAAUCUGAUAUUUCACUUUCACAGCAACAAGUAUUCAACCAAGAAUCAGAGGAAUCUUUCUCAACAUGAUAAAGGAAAGACAUUACAAGAAACCUAUAGUCAAUAUCACACAUGAUGGUGAAAGACUAAAUGCUUUCCUAGUAAAACUGGAAACAAGCAAUGAGGUCUGCUCUCAUUACUCCUUUUCAAAAUCAUACUGGCUGUUCUAGUCAAUACAGUGAUGCAAGAAAAAUGAAAAAAGGCAUACAGAUUAGAAAGGAAGAAAUAAACUUACUUCUAUUUGGUAAUGCAUGAUUAUAUAAAGUGCCACAAGGCCUACAAAAAAACCUACUGGAACCAACAUGUUUAUCAAGUUCACAGGGGCUACAAUAUCAAUGUACAAAAAUCAGUGAUAUUUCUUUGAGCUAGCAAUGAAAAAUUGGAAAUUGUAAUUAAAAACUAUAGUUUAUCAUAGCAACAUAAAUGUGAAAUAUUUAGGUAUAAAUCUAAUGAAAUAUUUUCAUGAUUUGUGUGCUAAAAACUACAAAAACAUCUGAUGAGAGAAAUCAAAGACCUAUAAAUGGAUAAGACUCAAAAUUAAGAAGUCAGUUCUCCCCAAAUUGAUCCAUAGAUUCAGUGCAAUCUCAGUCAAAAUUCUAAUAAGGUUUUGGUAGAUAUUGAUAAGCUCAUAAGGAAAUGCAGAAGGCCUGGAAUAGCCAAAAUAACUUUUAAAAAGAAGAGGUUGGAGGAUUUACACUAUGGCUUUAAAACAUUUUCUAAAGCUACAGUAAUCAUGAUAAUGUAGUAUUGGCAUAAAGAUUAACAGGUAGAUAGAUCAGUGGAAUAGAGUAUAGAAUCCAAAAAUAGUCCAUACAUUUAUAAUCAAUUGAUUUUUCACAAAUAGCAAAGAACUGAAUGAAGAAAGGAUGAUCUCAACAAAUUGUGUUGGGUCAAGUGGUCACCUAUGUGCAAGAAAAUGAACCAUGACCCAUAUCUCACAAACAUUACAAACAUUAGCUCAAAAUGGAUCCUAAAUCUAAAUGUAAAGCCAAAAGCACUAAAACUUCUAAAAGAAAAAUAGGAGAAAAUCUUUGUGACCUGUGGUUGGGCAAAGAUUUUUAAGAUGUUAUAGAAAAGUCAUAGUUCCUAGAAGCAUAUAUUGAUUGAUUGGAUUUAAUGAAAAUAAAAACUUUUUCAAAAGACACUGUUAAGGGAAUGAAAUAGGAUAAACUAGAGAUUAGGAGAAAAUAUUUGCAAAUCCACUUUUUGAUAAAGAACUUGAAUCCAAAGUAUGUUUUAAAAACAUAAAACUCAGUAGUAGGAAAAUGAACAACCCAAUUUUAAAAAUGAGUUUAGAGAUUUGAAUAGACACUUCACUAAAAAAAGUUAUAUGGAUGACAAAUGAGCACACAGAAAGAUGUUAAACAUCAUUAGUUACUAAUGGGAGGUGCAAAUUAAAAAGUGGUUACCACUAACUACCCAUUAGGUCGGCUGAAAUCAAAGAAACUGGUAACAUCACGCAUUGAUGAGAAGGCCGAGCAAUUCUUAUUCUUGUACAUUGCUGGUGGAGUGCAAAAUGCUACAGCCACCUUGGAAAAACAGUUUGGCAGUUUCUUCUAAAAUUAAAUAUAAAUUUAUUAUACAACCCAGCAGUCCAUAUACUAGGUAUUUACUCAAGAGAACUGAAAACUUAUAUUCACAUAAAACCUGUACUCAAUUUUUAGCAGUUUCAUUUAUGAUUACCAAGAAGUGAACCUAGAUGUCCUCCAACAAGUGAAUGGAUAAGCAAUGUAUGGUACAUCCAUACAAUGGAACUCAGCAACAAAAAGGAAUGAAAUGCUGAUAUACAUAAAAGCAUGGAUGAGUCUCAUUGUUUUAUAUAAAAUGAAAGAAGCCAAAUUCAAAAGCCUUCAUACCGUAUUUAUGUGACAAUUACAGCUAUAUGACAUUUGGGAAAAAACAAAAGUAUCUAUAUUAGGAGAACAGAUCAGUGGCUUCUAGGAGUGAGAGCAGGGUUUGACUACAAAUGGCAGGAGGAAUUUUGGAGGUGAUAUAGAUGUUCUAGAUCUGGAUUGUGGUGGUGGUUAUAUAACCAUGUGUUUGUCAAGAGUGAAUCUUGGGCACCUGGGUGGCUCAGUCAUUGAUUUCACAGUUCGUGAGUUUGAGUCCCACAUCGGGUGAGCUCAUGCCCCCAUUGGGUGAGCAUGAGCCCCUUUUGGGGUAAAACACGAGCCCCCGGUGAGCCCCACUUCUCUCUCUGUCCCUUGUGGGAUAUUCUCUUUCUCUCUCUCUCUCUCCCCCCCACCCCUUGUUCUCUAGUGACCUUUCUUUUCCUCUCUCUCUUUCUCAAAAAAAAAAAAAAAAAAAAAAAAAAAAGUAAAUCUUACUGGGUAUGAAUUAUGCUUCAGUAAAGCUAACUUAAAUAUUACUGACCCUUUUCUAUUAUGAAUUUUCUUAGUUAACUUUUGUUAAAAGUUUGUUAUAUGGGAAUGUAUAAAAGGUUUUGUUGCUAAAAGGUGUUUAAAUGUGACACUGAGUAUUUUACACACAAUUAUUCACAUCUUUUUUUCUGUAUUUAACACUUCAGGAGGAGAUAGUUGGCUAUACUUUUAUAAUACAUUGUAUUUUCACUAUAAUAUACAUUGGAUUUCUAGGUAUUUAUUUGAGAAUACAUUUUAUUCAAGCUAGAAGCCUGAGACAUUUAAGCUUUGUAAUUAAUAGCAACCAACUAGCAACACAAGAGAAGACAGUAUGUGCUAAUCUGAAAAUACAUGUUUAGAUUUCAGAAAAGAAAGAAGUGUCAGCUCAAAACUUUUUACUGGCACAUCCAAUAUCCAAUAUAAUGUAUCAUUAACCCAGUCCAGUUCAAUAAAUACUGAGUUCUCUCACACACUACACUUUUUUUAAAAAACUUUUUGUUAAAGUUAACUUAUUUUUGAGAGACAGAGAAUGAGCAGGGGAAGGGCAGAGGGAGAGGGAGACACAGAAUCCGAAGCAGGCUCCAGGCUCUGAGAGUCAGCACUGAUACUGACACAGGGCUCGAACCCAUAAACUGUGAGAUCAUGACCUGAGCUGAAGUCAGACACUUAGCCAACUAUGGAGCCACCCAGGUGCCCCGCCCACUACACUUCUAAGCCUUGAUGUUUUUGCAUGUUAUCUUCCUUUUAUGUAUAAUUUUCUUCUUUCCCCACUUUGCAUGUCUACAAACUUCUUUUUCAACAUCUAGCUCCAUUUUUCUGAGUCCUUACUGAACCUCCAAUUGCAAAUGACUUAUUUAUCUUUAACUCCAACCCCAGCUUUUUUGUGCCCUGAACAUGAUCAUAGUUUCACUGAUAAUUUCUGCUAUCAGCCUGCUAGGUACUCUCUUUUAUCUCAUUUAUUCCUCAAAAUACCAUGACAUGCAGGUAGUUCCAUUCCCCUUUUCUUUUAUAAAAAAAAGGAUAAAGUUCGUGAAGGAUAACUAACUUUCCCAUAACACAGUUUAAGAAACUGAAGAUAUAGAAUUCUAGCCCUUACCUACCUGAGUGCAAAACUGAUAUUCUUUUCCUUGUUUCAUACCAUUUUGUGGAGUAAGCAUUUAAUACAUAUUUAUUAUGUGACUUAACAGCUUUCCGGAAGGAACUGCCUUUAUCAUCUCUACAUUGCCUAGACUGAUUAUUCAGAAGGUCAGAGAAACUGAUAGUUCUGUGGUUUGUUUGUUAAGAUAGGUUAUCUUGUUUGUUAUUUAAGAGAUGAUGUUUCCCAAUGUGUUUAAUGCACAGUAAUCAAUAAGUAUUUAUUGAAUCAAACUUAAAUAUCAGUUGCUACUGAUCACAAACAUUUAAUUCUGUUAUUUAGUAAAAAGAAGAAAGAAGAAAAGAGAGAAAAGAGAAUAUAUCAUCCCAAUUGUUUUCUAAUUACUGACACCUUUAAUGUAGAUAGUGAGCUAUAGUGGAAUAAUCUAAAGGCUGCUUUUAGAUUUUUACCUGCUUUUCUAAAACAUUGUAUGAUUUCUUUUGUAGUGUUAAUGUUUUCUUAUUCUUCAAGGACAAAUUAGUUGAGCAGGGUGGGGGUAGCCAAGACUUUGCCCAAGGGUAGGAAGAGUUAAAUCAGGUUACAUAUUAGUCAGUGGGCAGUCUUCUUGAACUCUAGAGGAAAAGAGAAUAGUAUGGCAUCAUUCAUUCAUUCUGUUUUUAAAAAUUGAGAUAUAAUUCUUAUUUUAAAAUUAUCCUUUUUAAAGUAUACAAGUAAAAAAAUCUUUUUGAUGGUUUUAUUUAUUUUCGAGAGAGAGCAAGAGACAGAGCGUUAGUGGGGGAGAGAGGGAGACACAGAAGCAGGCUCCAGGCUCUGUGCUGUCAGCACAGAGCCUGACGCGAGGCUCGAACUCACAAACUGUGAGAUCAUGACCUGAGCCGAAGUUGGCCUCUCAACCAACUGAGCCACCCAGGUGCCCCAAAAUGUACAAUUUAGUGGUUUUUAGUAUUUUUUUUAAAGUUAUGGAACCAUGGCUAUUAUCUAAUCCCAGAACCUUUCCUUUGUUCUAAAAAGAAACCCCAUACCUCUUAGUAUUCCUUUUCUUUUCUCCUCUCCCCCAGUUCCUGGAAACUACUAACAUGCUUUCUGUCUCUAUGGAUUUACCCACUCUGUACAUUUUAUAUAAACAGAAUCAUACAAUAUGUGACUUUGGUGUCUGGCUUCUUAACACGUUUUCAGGGUUCGUUCAUAGUGUAGCACAUAUCAUUACUUCAUUCCUCUUUAUGGCUAAAUAAUAUUCCAGUGUAUAUUCAUUCUUUGGUCAACCUUUCCCAGCAUGCUUUUCAUUUUAGGACUGUAGAAGGCACUGUGGACCUAGAAGGAGGAAUAAGACAAAGCAACUACUCUCAAGGGAUAAAGAGAAGAAAAGGGUGGUUAAGAGGAAUAAUUUUUGAAAUCACUGCAUUUCCAAUAAUUUGUUAGAAUGCUAUUAAAUAUGAAAAGAGAAACAACUUUAUGUAAUCGUACUGUCAAAUUGUCACUUUUUUCUUAUAGUGAUGAAAAAAACACGUGUUCGGUCCACUGCUGACUGUCUUUAUGUGUAUACAUUUCUUCCAUUUUAUGUGAGGAUGUUUGGAGGGCGGGGGGCAUAAUCCAUGGGAGAAAAGAUACUCUUCUGGCACAUUAAUGGAUUUUUAACACAGAUGAUUAUUUCAGCUGUUUAUUCCUACAAGAAAGGAUUUACACCUUUGUAAAAGAAUAUAUAUUAUAUAU